GGAGGGGAAAGACCUGGCCCUGGCAGAAGCCUUAUACCCCAGCAGCCUGGGCACUAGCUGAGUUUCAGAAAGGAGCAUUUGGAUUCUGUGAACUUUCUUCCAGGCAUCCUUUCUCUGCGAUUUUCCUUUGGGGUGAAAGAAGGGGCAAGGGGACCACAGGACGGGAAAUCAAGGAAGAUGCUGGCCAGGGAUCCGGGAGACGAGGAGGAGGAGAGGCCGGGGGAGGGGAAGAGCCGGGGAGGCAAUCUGUUCUGAAGCUAGCAGGGAGCGAGCGGGGAUUCCAGGAGGAGGGAGGGAGACCCGCGCCUGCCUGCGGCAGAUUGGUGGCUGCGUCCUUGGAACGGAAGGGAAUUCGGCCUCCACCUGCUGAAUACAGAGCUGUGCUGAGGAAGGCGCUGACUUGGAGAAGUUGCCAAACCAGCCUGCACCUUCAGGACUCAUGGCUUCUUCUGGCCCCAGAGGCCCAGACAGUGGGCAUCACCUGGGGUCCUCCUCUCUUUGGGGAACAAAGAGGCUCCCUGGGGAUUACAGCAGCCACUGAGGCUGAGGAGGCUCAUGGAGACUCACUUCCUCCCAGGCUCUCUUCCCAAAACACCCACCCUGGGACCCCCUUGGACUCAAGCCCACCAGGCCACCAGGACAAAUGGCCUCUGAGACCUUCAACACUGGAGACCCAGGUGCAGCCCUGGCUUCCUGAUCAGUCCCAGACAUGGGACAGGACUUAAGUUUUCUUAGAAGAAGUGCCAAGGAUCUUUAAAGGGCACCUUUCAUCUCCUUCAGCCCCUCCCUCCCAGAGGCAGCACCAAGAGGGAACGUCCAGCAGGCAUGGGUGAGAGGGACACAAAGCAUCUGCGGGAACUCUUCCAGGACCUGCUGGCAGCUGACCCAGCCCCAUCCUGUCCCCUCCCUCUCUCAGGUUUUGAUCAUCAUUCCAGACCCUGGGGGACCUCGAUGGGGUUUCUUGCCCCCUAGGCUCCAGAAGGGGACCACCCGUGGAUCUCAGGAAGCCCUCUGGUGCUCAGAGGCUCCUGGGAAAGUCUCUAGCCAUGAUACCACAUGCUCAGAAGCCCCACCUUCGUAGACACCGGCCCCUGAUGUAGCUGCCUUCCUGUGUCACAGACUCUCAAUUCCGUGAACACGGUCCUCAUGGGCUCCCUCCAGCACUGCUGUUGCCAGCUGCCUAAGAUGGGUGACACUUGGGCCCAGCUUCCCUGGCCCGGGCCACCCCACCCAGCGAUGCUGCUGAUCUCUCUCCUCCUGGCAGCCGGGUUGAUGCACUCGGAUGCUGGCACCAGCUGCCCAGUCCUUUGCACAUGCCGUAACCAGGUGGUGGAUUGCAGCAGCCAGCGGCUAUUCUCCGUGCCCCCAGACCUGCCAAUGGACACCCGCAACCUCAGCCUGGCCCACAACCGCAUUACAGCGGUGCCGCCUGGCUACCUCACAUGCUACAUGGAGCUCCGGGUGCUGGAUUUGCGCAACAACUCCUUGAUGGAGCUGCCCCGGGGCCUCUUCCUCCAUGCCAAACGCUUGGCACACCUGGAUCUGAGCUAUAACAACUUCAGCCACGUGCCGGCCGACAUGUUCCAGGAGGCUCAUGGGCUGGUCCACAUCGACCUGAGCCACAACCCCUGGCUGCGGAGGGUACACCCCCACGCCUUCCAAGGCCUCGUGCAGCUCCGAGACCUGGACCUCAGCUAUGGGGGCCUGGCCUUCCUCAGCCUCGAGGCUCUUGAGGGUCUACCGGGGCUGGUGACCCUGCAGAUCGGCGGCAAUCCCUGGGUGUGCGGCUGCACCAUGGAGCCUCUGCUGAAGUGGCUGCGAAACCGGAUCCAGCGCUGUACAGCAGAUUCUCAGCUGGCUGAGUGCCGGGGACCCCCUGAAGUUGAGGGCGCCCCACUCUUCUCACUCACCGAGGAGAGCUUCAAGGCCUGCCACGUGACCCUGACCCUGGAUGAUUACCUGUUCAUUGCAUUCGUGGGCUUCGUGGUGUCCAUCGCCUCUGUGGCCACCAACUUCCUCCUGGGCAUCACCGCCAACUGCUGCCACCGCUGGAGCAAGGCCAGUGAAGAGGAAGAGAUCUGACAUGGCUGCCUCUCAUCCCUCCAUGCUGCUGACCGCCACAGCCGCUGACCACCAGACGCCCUCCCUGACUGCCCACUCUGGUUCCACAGUGACCUGGCUGCCUCAGUCAUGGCUCAAGCAAGGUGGGGACACUCACUUUGUAUGCAUGUCUGCUUUGGGCCAGCUGGUGCGCUAGGAACUGGGAACGUCAGAUGAAUUGACUCAGUCCCUGCCCUCAAGGCAAUUACCUCUAGUCAAGGAGAGAGAUCCAAAAACUAUUCCCUUUAAGACUAUAUGUCAGGACUCUGAGCACAUCAUUAUGGACGCCCAGUAGGAAGCAUCAUCUGUAUCUAGCCAUGUCCAUGAGAAUUAUAAGGGUGGAGUGAUUUGUGAACUGGGUCACCAAGAAAUGUCUACUUUGUCAGGUAGGCAACAAAGGGUGUCUGCAGAUGGCAGAGGCCAGAGUAUGCAUAGUGCGUGGUGUUGAGAAGAUGAGCAGUUCCUGGUCACAAACUUGUGUAGAGGGGGUGUGGCACAGAACUCAAACCUACUCCCCACCCUCUGACACCAAAACGGUCCGCUCUUGGCAAUCAGCCACUGCCUCCGGGGAGUACGAACACCUCCAUGCCAGCCCCUGGCCUCCUUCCACCAGCAGCUACCAGGUGAGACCACCUCCCAGUGACUGCCCCCAUAUGACCAAGUGUCACCGGCUGGUGAGGUCCCAGGCAGCAGGCUGAGGAUGGACACUUUCAGCGCCCUUUCUCCUGCCUCUUACUCAUGAUUGGCUUCAGAAGAGAGAGGCAGGAGGCCCCGCAACUGGGGCAGCAAGCGUCCCGGCAUCCUGGGACCCUCAUCAUGUGACCGUUCUUGCCACAGUGCUCAUGCCACAGGGUCUCACCAGGAAAGUGCACUGUGGGCCAAUGGCCCAUGGCUUGGCAGUACCCAGAGCUUAAAGAGGACAAAAGCAGCACAGUUACGACCAUAUGAGGCUUUGCAUUUUCUUCUAAGCAACUCACCCACAUAAGCAUAAGGGCGAGAGAGCUGUUAAAUACUGACCCUUCGUCAGUGUCAGGCACUGUGAAAAGCUCUCUCCACAAACCAUUCCCUUUAACACACACACAGAUUGAGCUGAAUGCUGUUGUUCCCAUUUUACAGAUGAGGCAAUUAAGGCUCAGCGAGGUGAAAGUCACAUGCCACUAUGAGCAAGAUAAAGUCUGUGCUGUUUGUACUGCCCCAUCCAAGUUGGGGAACAUCACCAUUCCCUCUUGAGUUGUACAAAUUCAAAUUCAACUAGAGACGACAAAGCUUCUAAUAAGGUCCAGGCACUCCUCUGGGCACUUUGAUAGCUACUGACUUGCUUCUUUCAAUUCUUCCAGCAACACUGCCUGGUGGUUUUUAUUAUCCCCAUUUGACAGAUGAAUUAAUCAUGGAGAGUUGAGUGACUUAUCCAAAGUUGUCUGGAUGAGCCCUAGAAGGAUGGUGGUAGGCAGCUCCAUUCAGGGAAACUGCAUCUAAUCAGUCAGUCAAAAAUCAAGUAACUUUACGAGCAAAGCACAAUUACCAUCACCGUUGUCUUCUUCGUCAGUUUCGUCAGCAUCAUCAUUAUCUUCCCUCUAUUCGUUCGGCACCGGAGAGUUCAUGAGUGUUUUCGCUUCGUCUCCGUGACUUUUCACAACUCUGUGCAGGAGGUAAAUCAAACGUCAGUAAUCUUGUUUUACAGAUGGGAAAAACAGUCUCAAGGCUGGAUAUGACUUGUCUAUGUGGCAAGGUUGGGACUCAACCCUACACGGUUCUCUUUCCAGUGCUUUCCCAAGUGCUUGGGGAAGAGAAUGCCUCAGAGGGCUGGGUAAUAGGGCCCUGGAAUUCAGCAGCCGUGAAUGUGCUAGUAGGUCAGCUAAAUAGAAGACAGUCAACCCAUCUGCUGUACAGAUUGAACUAUGCUCCCAGUAGGGCAAAUUACAGGCUCUGAAACAGAGAUUACACAAAUAACAUCUGAAUAGGAGACUUCUGCUUUACAACGGGUAGACAAAACAUCAGCACUGGUGGCCAUGGAGGCAGUCGCAUGAAAAAUUAGAUCUUUGGGAAUCAAGAGAGGAAGCUGUGUUAACCCUUCCUACUCAAGCCCUGCUGUGUGUGUUGCAAGAGAUACUAAAAGAGCAAGAAAGCUACAGGUGAGAGCCUCUGCAGUUUAGGAGAAAAGCAUUAAGGCACAGUCAGACAUGCUGAUAAGUCUGGCCAGGAGGAGAAUUAAAACAGGGGCUUUCCACCUCCCUUGCCCCAAGCUCCAGUAGUAUUCCAUCAUCCCAUCCUCCUGGAAAGCCUCAAAGGAAUGAAGGAGGAUAACAUGCCAUCUUCCAGGAAGGCAUCCCUGUGCUUGCCUGAGCUAGUCAACCAAAAGAGUCUUCAGAAACUCUGCUAGACCUGAGGUACUUGAACGUGUGUCCCCUGAAUCUUGCUUACAACGUCUGAUAUCCGAAGCAGAACUGUGCCCUGCUCUCUUCUGUGAUGACCAAGGAUGGCGAACUCAAGCUGUUUUCUGACAAGCCAGGCUGACAGCCUAAAUACCUGGAGAGGAACUUUUAGAAACUAUAAUCCUGACAAAAUAGAAAAGCUGCCCAUAGAGGGAUACCAUAUACUAUAAUAGUCUCCUAGGAACUACUGUUUGCCAAAAUAUAGUUGAUAUAUUUUAAGAUAGAUACUUUUUUUGCAUAGGACUAGAACCAGAAAAGAUACCAAAUGCCCCCUUGACAUCAACUGUCCUUUCUAGUGGGACAAUCUGGUCUCCAUUAAUGCCAAACCUUUCUGAGCAGGAUACAUGGGUUUUAAAGGACAGAUGUUUCUCCUGCUGCUAAAAGCGCCCCAGUUUACUAGAGCAUAAUGAGAAAAGUAUUCAACCCACCUACUGCCAAGGAAUUCCCUGCUUCUCCCCCACUGCCGUCAGCUUGUCCAAGCUAUGAGAAGCAAGCUUCUAAAGAUAAUCUAGCAAUCCUCAUUGCAAUUGCUCCCACAUCCCUGGUAACCACAAGGCUUCAUUCAAAUUGUCCAAACUGGUUAAUAUGUAUGCGAUGGAGUAUCUCUGCAUCUGUAUGUCUGUCUGUGAGGUUCCUUGUAUGUUGGUGGUCUGCUGACAUAGGACAGAUCUCUCUAGAAUUUGGGUUCAGUUCUCUGACAUCGUCCACUGAGCCAUCUGCUUAUUUAGGUUGGUGCAAAAGUAAUUGUGGCUUUUGCCAUUAAAAGUGAUAGCAAAACCUGCAAUUACUUUUGCACUAACUUAAUAUUACAUUGCUUGACAGAUUAAGAUGGAACCCCACCAGGUUUAGGAUAGGACUGGAUGCUCAGAAAAUACAGAAGGAGAAAAAAUCUGUGGCAGGGUCAUCCAUAGGAGAAGCUGACUUCUGGCUGCUUCCCUCUGUUCUCUCCUGCCCCUCAGAGAAGUCCUCAUUGCAGAAGCUUCCUCCGUGCUCGACCAGAGGAUAUCAAAGUUUAGCUUGGUCAAGGUUUGGGCCAAGAAAAUUCCUUUUUAGAAGAGCCCUUAUAUCUGAAUCACACCACUUUGGACCAGUUAUCUCUGGUCCCCCUUUAGACAAACCCUCAUCUCUCUUUCCCCAUUCCUAGAGGAAUUCCUAGGGAACUUUGUAGAAAUAGGAACCCAGAGUUGCUAUAGAAGUUCAUGGCUCCUUUCAGGGAGGUACAUGUAUGAAAUUUGAACAGAUCAAGACAGGUGUUUGUCUUCAACCCUAAGGGAAGACCUCCCAGCUUCCAUUUCCCCCUAUAGGUGUCUUUGCUGACAUCCUUUUCAGCAGUAGAGGAGUAAAAUGAUACAUCCUAAUCCAUUCCUCAAAAGGACAUCUUCCUAAAGCCAGAGAAAAUUGUCUGCUCUUCCCCACCCCAGGAAGAGGCAAAAGGGAAAUGAAGGAGUCACACAGUCCUUUGUAAAUCGCUAUUGUGUUUGUCACAGCACUGGGUGGAGAGCUGGAUCCACAGAGCUCUCAGUUUUUCUAAGCACUGUCCUGUAAUGUGCUAAUGUCUGGGGGUGGGAGGGCUGCGCGGGGGGGGGGGGGGGGGGGGGGGGGGGGGGUUAGAGGGAAGAUGCCAACCUUUGUAUGGAGAUGAUUUUAUAACCAUGCACUUUUGUAACUGUGAAGAAUUUUUCAUAAAUGUACACUAAUAAUAAAGAGUGUAUAGU